AGUACAUGUCAAAUAUCUGAGUGAAUUCAUGAAAAACAAAGCUGCAUAAAACUUUAUCCUAAUGAUAUGAACUUGAAUUUUUCAAGGAUUAUUUUAAAUGAUUGAGAGAUGUGUAAUAUGUCGUGUUUAGUACACAAAUGUACCAUAAAGUAUAGACUAUAUUAUUUUUGCUUAAAAGCUCAAACUGUAUCAGUGAUGUGUUCAGAGUCAAUGGUAAAGCCAUAGAUCAUUUGAAUAAGGCCAUACCAUAAAUGGGCAGUCAGGUGUUCUGGUAUUGUCAUGUCAAAGGCAUCAUUACCCUCAGCUCUCUGUUUAAUGUUUGCUGUAUACUGUGGAAAAUGUAAUCAAAAGUAUAUUAAUGUUUUUAAGUUAGUCAAGCAAACAUGAGAUAUGUGUGUGUGACUACUUUAGAAAUUUUCAAGACAACGGUCAACAGUAGAUGAAGAGGAAGGGAAGGAUGUGGUUAACAGUGCUUUUGCGCCUAUGGCCUUUAAAAAAAAAACUCCCUAUAUGGUGUAAACAAAGAUCAAAGGUGUGAACAAAUGUCAGAAAAAUAACUCCUUGUAUGGUGUAAACAAAUGCAAAGAAGCAAGACUGAGGAUGUUGACCAUGAAGUGUGAAACAGUAUACCAGUGUUGAACAAAACAAGCCUGUAGAAGCAAGCAGACAGAGUUUAAGCACAGACUUAGUCAGGAGCGGUUGUGAGCAGCUGUGCUGAAAUUCUCCCUUUGCACAGGUGAACCAAAGUUUCAGAGUGUGAGGUCUUAUUUUUAGAACCUUUAACUACAGGAUCCUUCUGACUCCAAAUCAGAACCCGGGGAAGUCAAUUUGGACUUCAAAAAUACAAAUAGUGGUUCCACUGAGUCAUCAACCCACUCAUUCUACACUUCAUCAUAACUACUGGAAUAACGCAAUGGUUUCUAAUUGCACAGAGUUUGUCUCUGUUCUGCAGAAGUAUUACCUGUCACCCCUUUAUGGACUCGAGUUCUGCAUUGGUUUCCCUGGCAACCUGUUGGUUAUUCUCGGUUACCUUUUUUGCCUAAAGGACUGGCAGAGUUGUAAUAUUUACCUAUUCAACCUGGCUGUCUCUGACCUUAUUUUUCUCUGCACGCUGCCAUGCCUCUCCUAUUUUUAUUCCAAUGACUUCCAAGAGACCAAUAUCUACAUUUGCCUUAUCAAUCGCUAUGUUCUGCAUGUCAACCUUUACUCCUCCAUCCUUUUCAUGGUUUGGCUCAGCAUGGAUCGGUUCUUGCUGAUAAAGCAUCCAACAAGGAACCACUACCUCCUGAAACGGCACUCAGCAUUGCUUUUGACAGGCCUGACCUGGCUACUAGUUAAUGUGGAAAUUACGCCAAUGAUCUCUCUAAUGAUACAGGAUUUCAAAAGAGGUAACUGGAGUGUCUGCAAUGAUUUUGCCAGCCUUUCAGGAGACAUCAAUUUGUUAGGCUACAGCUUGGGCUUAACGUUUACUGGUUACGUUCUUCCUCUGCUCGGACUUUGUAUUUUUUCCCAACAAAUUGCGCAUCUGCUCCACGCAAAGGAAAGAGUUCUCCAGUUGAGAGUAUCAUACAAGCGACCUCUGCGGGUGGUUACGUCAGCUGCUGUCUUGUUUUCUAUUCUCUACUCUCCUUACCACAUUCUAAGAAACGUCAGGAUUGCAUCUCAGCCUCCCUGGACGAAGCUGUCUCAGUGUACCAUCAUGAACAUACAGGCACUGUACAUUUUGACCCGACCGCUGGCCUUCCUGCACAGUGUCAUAAACCCUGUCUUCUAUUUUUUCAUGGGAGACAAGUUCAGAAACCUCCUCACCGACAAAAUCCGAAAGAUUGCAAUACAGAGAAAACUUAGAAGAGACCAGUCGUGACUUCCUCUUUUUUAAAUUCUAUCAGACAUUUCUGCAUGUUCACAAGUUAUAAAAAGAAUAAUGUUGCUGUAUUUUUUUUAUGUAAGCUUUUUCUCAAACUUAAACUUGAACUUAAACUGUUUUACUUUUUACCAAUGUGAUACAUUUGAACUGAUGUUUAUAGGCAACAUGCAUGUUGCAUGACACAUUUUUUUAAAUAGAAUGUCAUUUUAUCUGGAAAUAAUAUUCUUGAGUACGUUUGUAAAGGAGCUUUCUUAAAGUCAUUCUUUAUAAAGAAUUAGCUCUUCAGGUGUCCUGGAACUUGCCUUUUACCACAGUUUUGACUUAAAUUAGAGAAAAAAGAAAUUUUCAAUCAAUUGUAACUGCUUGAUAGUUUUUUCACUUACAAUUCUGACCUUAUUUUUAUUCAACAGCUUUUGUUCAAUGUUAUGACUCUGUGUAUGUGUGUGUGUGCGCAUGUGAUCGCGUGUG